AUUCCGUCGAAUUCACUAUCCCAUCGCCCCCUCAACACGCGAAUCGCGAGGAAAAUCCUCAAAUCCCAGCGAGGGAAAAAAGAGAGAGGGAAAAACCGCGCGAAAUCCUUACCCACAAAAAUAAAACUGAUCCCCACACCUAUAUAUACGCGGCGAGCACACUCCCCCGUUUCUUGCAUCCCUCACACCUUCUGCUCCUCUCCUUUUUUGGCGGCUCCUCCACACCCACCCCUCUCCCUCUCUCUCUGUUUCGGCCUCUCAUACUCACUCCUCGGCUUCUCGUCGUGCUCUGCUCUGUGGCGCGAGGAGGAUCGAGCUCGCGCGGCGCGCCUCUCCAUGGAGUGGGUGCGCGGGAAAUGCGUCGGCAGGGGGGCGUUCGGCGCGGUGCACGUGGCGGUGGACAGGGCCACCGGGCGGGCCUUCGCGGUGAAGUCGGUGGAGGCCAAGGGCGGCGCGCCGGCGGCGGCGAUGGCGUGCCUCGAGAGCGAGAUAAGGAUCUUGAGGCGGCUCAGCUCGCCCUACGUCGUGGAGUAUCUCGGGGACGACGGGGACGCGGCGACGACGAGGAAUUUGCACAUGGAGCUGGUCCCCGGCGGGAGCGCCGCGGCGGCGGCGGCCAUGGGAGGGCUUGGUGAGCGCGGGGCUCGUGGCGUCGUGCGGCGGGUGGCGGCCGCGCUGCGGUACCUGCACGACGUGGCUGGCGUGGUGCACGGGGACGUCAAGGGGAGGAACGUGCUCGUCGGCUGCGACGGCGACGGCCGCGGUGCGAAGCUCGCGGAUUUCGGCGCGGCGAGGCUGGUCUCCGACGCCGCGGUGUCCCGGGGCCCCCGCGGCACGCCGGCUUGGAUGGCGCCGGAGGUGGCGCGCGGCGGCGCGCCGACGCCGGCGUCGGACGUGUGGUCCCUCGGCUGCACGGCGGUGGAGCUGAUCACCGGGAAGCGGCCGUGGUCAGAGCUCGGCGGCGCCAGCGAGGUCGGCGAGCUGCUCUUCCUCAUCGGGUUCGGCGGGAAGCGCCCCGAGCUCCCCGCGUGCGCCUCCGACUCGUGCCGCGACUUCCUCGACAAGUGCCUCCGCCGCGACGCCGGCGAGCGGUGGACCUGCGAUCAGCUGCUGCGCCACCCGUUCCUCUCCGCCGCGGACGUCCACGACGGCGGCGAGCCGUCGCCGUUCCCGUCGCCCCGAGCCGUUCUCGACUGGGCGGCGGCGUCCAUGUCCGAUUCGGACUCCGACGACUCGGGCGGCGCGGAGGCGCGCAGCGAGCACGAGAUGAUGGCGCGCGCCAAGGGAAGGCUCGUCGAGUUGGCGUCAAACGCAAGCUGGGGGCGCGAGUGGGGCGCGGGGCCCACCUGGGAGGCGGCCGACACCUGGGCCCCACCGUCCAGUCCGGACACGACAGCGACGAAUGCACCCGUCCCGUCCAACCCCGCCGCGGUCGCCGACGCCGGUGGGCCACCCGCCGUGAUCGCUGGCGGCCGUGACAGCGUCCUCGCCGUCGCCACCGCCGGCGCCGGCCGUGAUCGCUGUGACAGCCAGCAUGGGCACUAUAAAUGCGAGCUAGCUCGCACUAGGCGAGCUCGGUUGGCUGUUGCGUCCGUGGCUGCUGUCAUGUACAGUUAUCUCAUUGAUUCAAUCAUAUUUUGGGUUCAAUUCAAGCCGCCGUUUUCUCUGCAAUAUUUUGGUCCAAUUCUUUUUUUUUUCCGUUGCAUAUGA